AUGAACGCUCCAAUCAAAAAAUACAGAUGCACGUUUUGCGACCGGGCCUUCUCGCGGUCCGAGCAUCGUACUCGCCACGAGCGGAGCCACACCCAGGAGCGGCCGUUCCAGUGCACGAAGUGCACCUCGAGCUUUGUACGACGAGAUCUGCUGCUUCGACACGACCGAACAGUGCACAAUGAGAACAAGGUGAAGAAGGAGGAUCGAAGGAAGUCCUCAGUUAGUGGGCUUCAGCAAAUGUCCGUUCAACAGGGUCAGGUAGGCCAGGUGGCCCAGCAGGUUGCCACGCAGCAGCAGCCACAUCAACAGCCACCGCCACCACCACCACAACAGUCUCUAGGUCAACCGAUGCAGCCCCAGCUCCAACAGUCAAUCAUACCUGAACCCCAACAGCAUCCACACCCACACGCGCAGCAGUUACAACACCAGCAACUGCCGCCAAACCACAAUGGUAUCCAAUCUCAUCUACACAACAGCAACAACAACAAUGAAAAGCCUGAGCCUCCACUUCGACACGACCCAGCUAUGAACUCGCCAGCACACACGCAACACUCUCCAGUAGACGUCAAACAACAGCCCGGAAAAGUGGACAUGUCCAUGUUUGGAAACUUCAACACCAGCUCGCCUAACACACAGGACAAGGAAUCGCUAAGCACGCUGGCGGAAGCUGCGGGACGCGAGUUUGAGUACGAGUAUCCACACAGAUACCCGUCUCCUCUCAACUACGACAUGCUGUACGACCAGGAGCUGUCUGCGGCAAAUCUCAUCACCGAUCUGGGCCGCAAAAAGAACGUCAACAUUCCAGGGAUCGACAACAUCAACAAUGCCAUUUUCGGAGAGGCUCAGCAUCGAGACGGAUCCAACGGAGAGCAUCCACACCAACAGCACGUGACGUCCAUGCAUGUGAGAAGUGCCAGUGAAACGUUUGGGAUGAAGACGGACCCCAUUUCUGCCCAGCCUUCGCCUCCUUUAUCAGCCAGUGCGGCAACCACAGGAGCGUCUGCUGGAGUAGGAGGUGGAACUGGAGUAGGAGGAGGGACUGGAGUCCCAGGAACAGUGGCAGUAGCAACAGGAGCACCAUCAGCAUCAACAAGCGGUCACCCACCACCACAAACCCCCCCUGCUCCUAUUGUCAUCCCCCAGUUUGCACCUCAUUCGCCUCCUCUGUCGACACUCCUGUCGGCAGUGUCUCAGUACGAAAUCAAAAAGAGCGGGCUGCGGUUUCUGCCAAGUAAAGGCCAGCUUAACAGAUACCUGUCUGUGUACUUCACAUGCUAUCAUAUGACGACUCCCAUUAUCCAUCCCCAGUCGUUCAACCCACAAACGGCCUCCCCAGCUCUUUUGUUUGCAGUGUGUGCCAUGGGAGCUCUGUUUGCCUCUGAAAUCGAAAUGUCCAAAAAACUAAACGAUCUCAGUUGUUCGUUGAGACGCACUGUUUUCGAACAGAGUGAAAUGUCAUGGGCCAGUCCCGUGCCUAUUUGGGCAACCCAAACCCUGCUCAUCAACGUCUCGUACGAAAUGCGAGUUGGUGAUGAGCCCAGUCUGAAUUUCGUCGAAGGCACAAAGACCCUGCUUUCUAACCUCGUUACUCAGCGAGUAGUGGAGGUGGAAAACCUGGAGUUUGGGUGGAGCAACUGGAUCAUGCAGGAGUCGUCCAGACGUACGUAUUUCGCCGUCUUUGUACUAUACGGUACAAUGACGUGCUUGUUCAACCAUGGGCCAGCCAUCUGGAACGCCAAUGUGCGUCCCAAUCUCACUUUGCCGUGCUCAGAGUCGCUGUGGAACGCCUCGUUUUCGUCCGAGCAGGAGUGGCUGCAGGCUUAUUCGCAGACUGUACCUCCCCAAACCUUCAGAUCGAGUCUGGAGGCUCUUUGUGGCAUUGGAGACACGAGUUCGAGUCAUUAUGGGCUUCGAAUUCUCGGUACAGCUCUGUUUUUCGAAGUUUGGGAACUGAAGAAACGGGAAGGUGCCAACAACACCAGCAGAGAUGGAAGUGGCGAGUUUUCUCAAAAUGGAUCUUAUACGGGCCAUCUAGGUCGAGCGCUGUUGAAAUGGCAACAUUGCUGCAAACAGUUGCCCCCUACAGUCUCUGGAACAGUUGAUUUGUUUGCCAGUGAGCGCCUGAUGAUCAUGAUUCGAGCCAUUAUCGAGUCCUCCAUCAACCCCUCUACUGUUUCUUCCGUGUCUCUCUUCCGUGCCCAUCCCAUGAUUCUCGAGGGUCAUAUUCUCACAAUUUUGUCCUCGAUCAAGCUCCACUCGCCCCCUCGUCAAACCCUCAGCCUAGCUACUUUUGAGCUGUCUCACUGCGAAGAGCUGAUGGUGACCGAGACGAAGAUCAUCGAAAAGUGCUUUGAGCUGUUUCACGUGCCUCUUCUCUGUGGAUCUCAGAUCUUCCAGUCCUUCAUGCUCAAGCCUCUCACCUUUGGUAUGAUCGACGAGAACAUUGUCUCGACUUUUGAGAUCUGUCUGGUGUUCAUCGUUUGGAUCGAUUCCAUUGAAAAGCGAAUUGGAAGAGACCUCAGCACACGUGAGCUGAUACUAUGGAACACUGUGCAGACGAGUUUGAUUGAUUCUGGAAUCGAGCUCAGCUGCCAUGAGCUUGCCAAGCGUCAUGGAGAGCCUAACAGAGUGUCGGACAUGCUGACUUACUCUUACGCUGGAGGCUUUGCAUACUUUUGGGCGGAUGUUCUGUCAGCUCUAGACACCUGGGGAAUGGCCAAGGUGCUGUCCAAGAGUUUGUGCAGAAUUGGAAAGGGUCUCACAGAGCGCAGUGUUGAGAGACGACGUAGCAGCACUGGAACGUGA